UAAAAUAAGUGAGUCAUUCUUCUAAAAUUAGUCGAAUCUGUUUCCAACCGAUUGACUUCACGUCGGGGAACACUUCAAACAUGUCACCUGAUCACCUGACUGAUCUAGUUUCUCUGGGUACGGUGCAUGUGAGGCCAGAGAUGAAGAGCCACAAGUCUGCAGGUUUCCACCUGAGCAGGUGAUGCCACUGAUAGGCCCCGCCCACUCCUAAUGAGUGGGUGGAGUCUGUGGUUUGGAAAGAGACCCUGCAGUGUUGUCUCUCUGUGGUUGAACACAUGUAAUCCUUCCCUUUCCUUUGAAACGUUGAAAGCAGUGGUUGACAACAGAGCAGAUGCUAAUGAGAGAAGCGGACAGGGGGCCGAUGAUCAGGUGUGACCAUUGACCCCUCCUCUUCAGCAUCACCUGCCCAACUACCUGAAGGAGACGGGCUAGAGGAGCCCAGAGCUGUCGCCAUGACAGCAACCUCCUCCCUGCUUGGCACAGGUCUGGGCCUGGUCCUGGUGGAGUUCCAGUAUGAGUACGAGGGUCGGGACGGGGAACUGGUCUCCAUCAAACCCAACGAGCGCUAUGUCCUGUUAGCUAAGACCAAUGACCACUGGUGGCAGGUCCGGAGUGACCAUAGCUCCAAGCCCUUCUACAUCCCUGCCAAGUAUGUCAAGGAGCUGCCGACGGACUUCCCCUCACCUCUGGACUUUGCCGAUCCGCCUAAUCCUGAACCCGUGCUUCUUCCUGUGGCAGCACCGGUCCCGGUCCCUGUCCCCGUCCCUGUUCCAAAGACUCUCGAGGAACCCAGCGGGACCAAAACUAAACUGGGGGAUGAGGUGACGAUCCGCCUCAGACCCGAUGCCUCCACCGGAUACCGCAAGACUGAGAACCGCAUGUCCACAUUUGGUGUCCCACUGGACUUUCAUGACCCGUUGCCUCUGUUGGGGCAGACACAGCGACACUCUAGCAACGCUCCUGCAGGUCCCACAGAGGCCGGGACCAGCACCACCAGUGGGACUACAAACACGGCUGACGAUACUCUGAGCAAAAAGCAUCUUUCAGGGUUCCUAGACGAGCACAGGGACUCUGGGAAACAUCGAGUUCCCAGUUUCAGUCCAGCAGACCCCCUCUCCUCAGCCAGGCCCCAGACACAGCCCAUCCCUGUGGAGACACCGGUGGUCCCACUGGUCCCUCCCCACAACGACCUUCACAGUACGUCCUUGUCAUCCACGGUUUGCCAUGACAACCAUGAGUCUUCAAUCGAGCUGGAGGAGGAGGAGGUGGAGGUGGAGGAGAUGAGUGUGGAGGAGGAUGAUGAGAAGGAUUCACAGAAGGAGGAAGAUUCAAACCAUAUCUACGAGUCCAUCCAGGACCUGAACCUGGACCUGGAGGCUCUGGUUGGAGGAAGGCUGAGUCCUGGAGCACCAUCUGAACCUUCACCAGCGCCUCCCCCCUCAAAGGACCACUGCUCGCUCGACCCUGACUCGCCCAUCUAUGCCAACGUCUCCAGUCUGAAGAAAACGUCCCUCCCUCAGAUCUCGGUCUCUGGCCCCGCCCUACCGUCAUCACCUCCUCCUGGCCCCGCCCCCUCGGCUCCAGACCUCACCCCCUCAUCAUCAGUGUCCUCCUCUGGGAUGAUAAGCCCCGCCUCCCCCCUCAGCCCACCGGACGUAUGGCAGGUGCACACUGACCAGGACAGCGGGAAGGUGUUCUAUUUCCAUCCUGUAACCGGACAGACCACCUGGUCCGACCCUCACGGCCCGCAACCCCCGCCUGCUCGAGACAUGGACCGGUCCAGAGUUAGCGAGGGGGGGCAGCUGACCUCCCCCUCCCCUCUGCUCUCCCCAGCCUCCUCUCAGGGCUGUGUUUGGGAGCAGCUGGUGGACGAGGUCUCAGGGAGAUUUUACUACUACAACCCCACCACAGGAGCCACGUCAUGGACCGCACCAGAGCCACUGUCCCCCUCCUCACCCUCCUCAUCCCCCCCAGGCUCGACAGUAAACAGGAGGCAUGCAGACGGCCCGCCUCCGCUGCCAGAGGAAGAUUAUCCUGUAGACACACAGAACAACAGCAACGACAGCGUCUUCACAACGCUUCCAUCUUUGCCCCAGAGGCUGAUGGGAAAUGGAGUUCCUGAGGAGGGAGCAACUGUGCAGGUCAGGAACUGGAGACACAGUGUGGCCGAAGAAACGUUUGCUCCCAGCCACAGGAGGAACGUCUCCGACUUCACUGAGGUGUCUCACAGAAGACACUCCCCCGACAGUCCAGAGCUUUAUGAUAGGCACAGACUGAAGAGGAAUCUGUCCAAUCGGAGCACAGGCUCCCAUCAGCUGCACUGCCAUCUGCUGGAGAAAGCAGGAAUCAUCAACAAGACCAAAGUAGCCGAUAACGGCAAAAGGAUCCGGAAGAACUGGAGUCAGUCCUGGACGGUCCUCCACGGUGGGAUCCUGACCUUUCACAGAGACCCCAAAUCUGCUCCCACUGGGAACGCUAGUAAAUCGUCACAGAUUGUUCCAGAAUACACCGUCGAGCUGAGAGGAGCCUCGGUGGGCUGGGCCUCCAGGGACAAGUCGUCCAAGAAGAACGUCUUAGAGCUGAAGACGCGUCAGGGCUGCGAGUAUCUGAUGCAGUACGACACCGAGAGCAUCAUCAGCGAUUGGCUCAAAGUGAUGCAGGACACCAUCAGACAGCUGGAACUGGACCAUCUGUCAGAGGACGAGGACGAAGCUGCUUCAGACAAAGAGGACAAAGACAGGAAGAGGACAUCCACCAGGACUUCGUCAGGGACGGCCGAAUCCGAGCAGAGACGAGUUCGGACCAAACUGCGACGUUUCCUCCAGCGGAGGCCGACGCUGCAGAGCGUCAAAGAGAAAGGCUACAUCAGAGAUAACGUGUUCGGCUGCCACCUGGACACCCUCUGCCACCGCGAAAACACCACCACCCCCAAGUUUGUGGACAAAUGUAUCAGAGCGGUGGAGAGGAGAGGUCUGGAUGUGGACGGGAUCUACAGAGUGAGCGGAAACCUGGCUGUGAUCCAGAAACUACGACACAAAGCUGAUCAUGAGGAGCAGCUGGACCUGGAGGACGGACAGUGGGAGGAGAUCCACGUGAUCACCGGCGCCCUGAAGCUUUUCCUGCGGGAGCUUCCGGAGCCGCUGUUCCCCUUCAGCUGCUUCGACAAGUUCAUCGCCGCCAUCCAGGUCCCAGACUACAGCCUGAGAGUCUCCUACAUGAAGGACCUGGUUCGGUCUCUGCCUCUGCCGAACCACGACACCAUGGAGCUGCUGUUCAAACACCUGCGCAAGGUGGUCGAACACAAGGAGUCUAACAGGAUGUCGAUUCAGAGCGUCGCCAUCGUGUUUGGCCCCACGUUGCUCCGCCCGCAGACUGAGUCAGCCAAUAUGACGAUCCACAUGGUGUUCCAGAGCCAGAUAGUGGAGCUCAUGCUCAAGGAGUUCCAGACCGUCUUCUCCCAGAGGUAGGGGGAACCUACCAGAGGCCUGUGGGACCUUCAGGAACCCUCUGGGGACCUUCUGUAAGCCUCCUUAACAUCAUGAGACCUGCCAAAAAUCUUCCGGAGUGUCAGAGAACCUUCUCCAACUCUGGACCUAAACAUGACCUCCUCUUGAACCCAGUUCACUCUGGAUUUAAUGUUUUGAAUUGAAUCUCCUGGAUAUUUGAUGCCUCUUUUUAACCACUGUGCCUUAAAUGACCCUUAAAUAAAAGCAGAACUUUGGUGGAACCACCUAGAACCCUGGACUGGUUUUAAAGGCUUUGACAGCAGCUUUGCUCUUCUUUGAAGGCAACACCUCCUAGACCCUCAUAGACUUCAUAAAUUAAUGAGGUACAGCUGGAACCUACAGGCUUUACUAGAUGCCAAGUGAAACCAUCUAGAACCCUGGACUGGUUUUAACCCUAAACUUGGGUCGAAAGACCACCAGAUCCUUCCAGAACCUUGUAGAUCUCCAGGCCUGAACUCCUCUCCUCUUCCUGUUUUUUAAAGUGAUUGUGAUGCUGCUCACGUCUGGUUUUGCAGGUUUGGGUCAGACAGUCUGGAGCAGAAUCAGGUUUUUGCAGUAGUCAGUUUUAAAAGGAGCUGCUCACAGUCUUAUUGUCCCAAACAGAGAUGCAAACUUCAGUCCAUGUGUCCUCAGAGUGGGAAAGUCUCAGGGCGUACAUGCAGUUUAUAGACCUGGAGCAGAGGGAGCUUGUUGUAGUUUUUAGUUUGUCUUUGCUUUGGAGCUCAAUGGUUUCAUGUUGCAGGUUUUCAGACUCAUCAGCUGCUUCCUCAUUAAACAGCAGAUAUGUUCACUUCCUCCUGUUGAGUCCUCAUGUCCUGAAACCUCUCAGCAAACACCUGCAGGGGUUUCACUCAGCAGCAGAUUCAGGUGUCAGAGCAGGAGCAUGCUCAGUGUUUCCUCUUUAGCUUUAAUAAUUUCACCUGUGAGACGCUGCUGGAGCUCCAGGUUCAGCUCUGAGAGGUUCAUGUCCACCAUGAAGGUCAGAUCACAGACACUUACUGUCACUGAGUUUCAUGUCAGCUUUUCUCUAUGAAUUAUUCCAGACACACUGACUCUGGAUCAGUUUGACUUUGUUUUAUCACUCAGAGCGUCUCUGUCAGGAUGUGUUCUGAAAGCUGCUUGUGGAGCAUCAAACUUUAUCCAGGAGGUUUGUCCUGCAGCUUGUCCAGUUCAGCUGUUUGUAGCUGUGAUGACUCCUGAGAGCAGCCCUCUUCAUCACUGUGAGCUCGUCCUCACAAACUGACUGAGACACCCUGGUUUGUCUAAUAAUUGUUCGUCCAUUCCUUGCAACACUCUGCAUCUCCUUUUCUUGACUGUCACAGCAACAUAUCAGCGUGUGUGUGUUGCAUUCAGGGACCACUGGGAAGGUCAUCUUAAUCUUUUAUUACUGAAAAAAGUAAUUGUUGCAUUGAGAUUGUUUUGUAUUUGUGAGCUAUUGAACUGCUGAGCUGCCUCGUGGGCUCGAUCAAACGGUCUCUUGGGCCAUAUACUGCCCAGAGGCGGGAGGUUCCCCACCCCAGCUCCAAAUAAUCCAGGUAGAGCUUGGGUUGAAGUGUUCAGAAUCCUGGACUGAUUCUGAAACUUGAACCUGCAGUGUCAGUGCUCUUUCAAGGAAACAGACCAAACAAAACACACUUAGCACCUUAAAAAUCAACUUAUUUCGCACUUUGAGCGAUGUGAUGGUUAGACCUGCAGCCCAAUGUUUUAAAAUUCUCUCACCACUAGACCACCAAGCCUUAAACAACCCAGUUAGACCCGGAAUGGUACCAUUUGGAACCCUGGACUUUUUCUGAAGUGUUAUCCAGCACUUUGACUUCACACAUAUAUGGCACCUAAAAAAACCAACCCUAAACCCAAUAUCUGACUUUGAACACUCACACACUUCCAGAUCACUUCGAAACCUUGUAGAAAUAGUUUCUCCUCCUUUUUAUAAAAGCCACGAGGGGUUAAAUGUGGAAUCUUUUGGCUACAUGACACCUCUGUCUCACCACCAGACCACCAAGCCUUAAGUAACCUUGCUAGAACCAGUGGAACAUCUAAAACCCCGGACUGGUUCAAAGAUGAGACCUUCUUGUAUGUAGAGACACGAGAAGCUGGAAUAAUCCAAACAGUGUCCACCUUGCUCGGCACCUCGAAAACACAUAAAAUAUCUCUAUAACCUUCAAAACUCUGGACUUCCAUGACCCAUCCAUCUCAGGAGAUAGUGCUUCUUUAUCCCUCUUCUGAACCACGAAAAACAUCUCACCAAGAUCCCUCAGGAUUUCUGCCCUUCCAGCAGAAACAUUUUAUACUUCCACAUCCUGACCAAGAACAGCCUGUGGGAACUUCAUGCAUGUGAUGUGUUAACCAAGCAGUGUUAUCACAUCGAUAACUGCCAUCUGUCGUUUGAAAUGUGAAACAUGUACUUACAGGGACUCUGAAGCCCCAGAAGUUGCUCAGCUGAACACGAGAUGUUUGGAAGAAGGAACACAUAAUUCAUCUUUUUAGAAGCCAAACUGAGUGGAGAUGUAAACUGCGAGCUGGGUUCUCCUGUUAGGUCAUUAGUUUAAUGAGCUGAUCAGUUUCUCAGAACUGACUGUGUGCAGGUCGUUAUCGAUGAACUCCUCAGCACAGUCUCACAAUGUCAAUCAGAUUUAGUAUCAACACGUAGAUGAACACUGCAGGGGUCCUGGUUUAUGUCCAUGUUCACAGUCUGGAGUCUGAUGUGUUCCAGUACAACAGCCAUCAGUCUGUGUGGCAUUCACUGACGCUGUAAAACACAUUUUCCAAGUAUGAUACCAAGUAUCUGUUUUACUGAAGGCCUUCAUGAAACAGUGGUUGAUUAGUCAUGAACAUUAUUUGGCCAUAAACCCUAACCCCACCUAACCCUAACCCCACCUAACCCUAACCCUAAGGCUAAAAACAUCCUGGAUCUGCUCAUCUGGAACAUCUUUCUCCACAAGACGAGGACUUACAGAGUUGUUAAAGUGUUUCUUUAAAUUUAAAUAAGCUUUAAUGGAAAGUUAAGAGGACCUGGGAUGUUUCCCAGAGGGACACCACAAAUUAGUGAGGACAAAAAACAAAAGGGAGUCAGAAGUUAUUUUUUUAAGGGAUGAAUAAUUUACUGUUAAUGAUAAAUCCUAGAACUGGUAAUCUGUACGAUGCUGUAUGUUUUUAUAGUAUUGAGUUUAUGUAUUACAGAUAUUGAACAAAGCUGACAUGGAAGAUUAACAGAUUAAACUCUGUACAUAAGAUGGUAUUUUACUGACCUGAAAUAAAAAUAAACCUGAUCUGUA